AUGCACUUUGACGAAACACGGAGUCCAAACAAAGAUGUACGGAUGGGAAAGAGCCAGCGAUUAGCAGCCAAUGGCAGGCAAGGAACCGAUCCCGAUUCCGAUCCCUCGUAUGCUCGCUGUGGUGUACCUAGUGGUAGUACACCUCGUGGGCGUCGGAUCCCCUGACACGACGACGACGACGACGGAAACCACUUGACGCUGCCAGACAGUCUGACGGCGACAAGUAGCUGCGGUUGCCAGUGCUUAAAUGUUCGCGCCCCGGUCCGCAUCCUUUUAGUCGAUCAGCGAGCGAGGAUGAGCAAGGACACCAGUGUUAGGAUUUGCCAGCGGGAGCGACGUCUCCUGCGGACGCCGAAGUGCGCCAGGUGUCGCAAUCACGGCGUCAUCUCCUGUGUCAAGGGUCACAAGCGUCUGUGCCGUUGGCGCGAGUGCUGCUGCCCCAAUUGCCAACUGGUCGUCGAUCGCCAGCGGGUGAUGGCCGCCCAGGUGGCGCUGCGGCGCCAGCAAACCAUGGAGGCCCUGGAGGCCACCGCAUCAUCCACAAAAUCUUCGGGCGUAACGUCGGCCAGCGCCAACAACUCCAGCAGCAGCGAGGGCGAGGACUCGCUAGCCUCCACUUCACCACCGCCGGCGCAUCCACAUCCGCAUUCGCAUCCCACAUCUUGCGUUAGCACCUCAUCUUCAUCCUCAGCCACCCGACAGGCUCUGAUGGCCCAAAAGAGGAUCUACAAGCAGAGACUACGCAGUUUGCAGCAGUCCACGCUGCAUAUCACAGCCGCCAUGGAAGAAUACAAACAGCGAUUUCCCACGUUCAGCUCGCCAUUGAUGGAGCGCAUGCGCAAACGGCGGGCGUUCGCCGAUCCGGAACUGAACCACGUCAUGGAGGCGACGCUGGGCGGGAACGCUUUGUACUUUGCCACCGUUGCCGCCGCCGCCGCCUGCGCCCCCGUUCACCAGGAGCAGCACAUUUAUCACCCGAUGCCGCCGACGAUACCGCUAACGAUCCCGCCCACAAAUCCAGCGAUGACCACGCCCGCGGUCACCGCCUCCUCCGGCAGUGGAAAGAAGCCCAAGCUGAGUUUCUCCAUCGAAUCCAUCAUGGGCAUCAGCACGUAGCCAUGGGUUUCUAGGGCUUACUACCCAUCCCUUUUCCAA